AGUUUAUUUAUUUAUUUUACUUUCGCCCUUUCUUCUUCUUCUUGGCGUUGCAGAAGAAGAGAAAGGAUACCACGCAACAGCGAAAACAAAUCCAGCGCAGGGGGAGCCCGAAAUUUUAGAAAAGAAAAUAGUAAAAUCUCACGCUUAAAAGAAGGUGCACAGAAGAUUUUUGCGUUCCCCUGUGGUUCGAUCGCAAGACCUCUCAAGAAGGCAGGAAGUCAUAACCCCUAAAUCUUUGCCUCAGUUGCAUUGUGCACUACUUUCUGGUCACAUUGUAAGCCCUGUCGGAAGUCGCUUUGCAGCAACUGAUAGGCUGGAUUCUUAGGGUUUAUUGGAAAAAUGUCUACGGAGGAUGAGAAGCUGUUGAAGGAGGCGAAGAAAUGGCCGUGGGAGGACCGGCUGGCACACAAGAAUUGGAAAGUCAGGAAUGACGCGAACAUUGAUCUUGCUGCUGUCUGCGAUGGGAUUACGGAUCCAAAGGAUACGCGUCUCAGAGAAUUCGGUUCAUAUUUCAAGAAAUCAGUAUCAGAUUCCAAUGCACCAGUUCAAGAAAAGGCACUUGAUGCGUUGAUUGCAUUUUUACGUGCAGCAGAUGCGGAUGUUGGAAGGUAUGCAAAAGAAAUCUGUGAUGCUGUUGUUUCUAAAUGUUUGACUGGAAGGCCAAAAACAGUUGAAAAGGCACAAGCUGUCUUUUUGUUGUGGGUGGAGCUGGAAGCGUCUGAUGUAUUUCUGGAAGCAAUGGAAAAGGCAAUUAAAAAUAAAGUUGCAAAGGCAGUGGUGCCAGCAAUAGAUGUUAUGUUUCAAGCUAUCAGUGAAUUUGGGACAAAAGUUGUUUCCCCAAAGAAGAUUCUGAAGAUGCUUCCUGAGCUUUUCAAUCACCAAGAUCAAAAUGUGCGUGCAUCAUCUAAAGGUCUCACCCUAGAACUGUGUCGGUGGAUCGGAAAAGAUGCUGUCAAAUCAAUUUUAUUUGAAAAAAUGCGAGAUACCAUGAAAAAUGAGCUGGAAGCAGAGUUAGCCAAUGUUAGUGGGGUUCCUAGGCCCACCCGUAAAAUAAGAUCAGAGCAAGAUAAAGAAAUUGAGGUAGAAGCCAUGGCAGAAGUGGCUGGCUCUGUACAUGCAGAGGAAGCUGCAGAUGCAGGUCCUCAAGAGAUUGAUGAGUAUGAGCUUGUUGAUCCGGUAGACAUAUUAACUCCUUUGGAAAAGUCAGGCUUUUGGGAAGGCGUGAAAGCAACAAAGUGGUCGGGAAGAAGAGAUGCAGUUGCAGAACUUGCCAAGCUUGCCUCCGCAAAAAAGAUUGCUCCAGGCGAUUUUUCUGAAGUCUGUAGAACAUUGAAGAAGCUCAUAACAGAUGUUAACAUAGCUGUGGCUGUGGAGGCUGUACAAGCAAUUGGGAAUCUUGCUCGAGGAUUAAGAAAAGAUUUUAGUGGAGGAUCACGCUUACUUCUGCCAGUUCUACUGGAAAAGUUGAAAGAAAAGAAACCUGUCAUGGCAGACUCUCUUACACAGACUCUUCAGGCCAUGCAUAAAGCUUCAUGUCUAUCACUUGUGGAUGUCACUGAAGAUGUGAAAACUGCCACUAAAAAUAAAGUUCCUUUAGUACGCUCUCUGACGCUAAACUGGGUAGCAUUUUGUAUUGAGACAAGCAACAAAGCUGCAGUUCUGAAACUGCAUAAAGACUAUGUUCCAAUUUGUAUGGAGUGCCUAAAUGAUGGAGCACCAGAAGUUAGGGAUGCUGCAUUUUCAGUAUUGGCAGCUGUUGCAAAGCUUGUUGGUAUGAGACCUUUAGAAAGAUCAUUGGAAAAGCUUGAUGAAGUAAGAAAGAAAAAACUUUCAGAAAUGAUUGGAACAUCUGGGAGUGGUCAAGUCACGGUUGCAACCUCAACAGGUUCAUCACGAGCUGGAGCAAGUGGUAGUGUGACAUCAAAUUCUGAGGCUGGUGAGAAUGGCUUUGCCAAGAAAUCUGCUGCGAGCAUGCUAAGUGGGAAGAGGCCUCUGCAACCUAGUAAAGCUGUGCCAGGACGGUCAGGUGCAGGGAAAAAGACUGAUGGGAAUGGUCAAAACAAGGCUAUUACUGAAGUUGAGAUGCCUGAGGACAUUGAGCCAGGGGAUAUGAGUUUGGAGGAGAUUGAAGGAAGAGUAGGUUCUCUUUUUCAAGCUGAUGUACUUCCAAAUUUGAAGAGUACAGUUUGGAAGGAACGCCUUGAAGCAAUGACUUCUCUGAAGGAAACAGUAGAAGGCUUGAGUAAUCUUGAUCAAAAAGCUGAAAUUUUGGUCCGGUUACUUUCUACACUUCCUGGAUGGAAUGAAAAGAAUGUGCAGGUUCAACAGAAGGUUAUUGAGGUUGUUACACACAUAGCUUCAACCGUGUCAAAAUUUCCAAAACGAUGUGUAGUGUUGUGUAUUUUAGGUGUUUCUGAGAGGGUAUGUGAUAUAAAAACGCGUGCCCAAGCUAUGAAGUGUCUUACUGCUUUUUGUGAGGUGGUGGGUCCUAGCUUUGUGUUUGAUCGACUUUUUAAGAUCAUGAAGGAGCACAAGAAUCCUAAGGUAAUGAGUGAAGGUUUACUGUGGAUGGUCACAGCUGUGGAAGAUUUUGGUACUUCACAUAUAAAACUCAAGGAUGUAAUUGACUUCUGUAAGGAUAUUGGCUUGCAAUCUAGUGUUGCAGCCACAAGAAACUCAACAAUCAAGCUUAUUGGCAUUUUGCAUAAAUUUGUUGGACCAGAUAUUAAGGGAUUUCUGGCAGAUGUAAAACCUGCACUUUUAAGUACCCUUGAUGCUGAGUAUGAGAAAAAUCCAUACGAGGGACCUGCUGCAGCUCCAAAAAAAAUUAUAAAAGCUAUAGAUUCAGCUUCACUUUCUUGUGGGUCUGGCUCUGAUGGCCUGCCACGUGAAGACAUAAGUGGAAAGAUUACAUCUAAUCUAAUUAAGAAUUUAGGAUGUCCUGAUUGGAAGGUUCGUCUAGAAUCAAUAGAAUCAGUAAACAAAAUUCUUGAAGAAGCAAACAAACGUAUCCAGCCUACUGGAACUGUGGAAUUAUUUGGAGCAUUGAGAGCCCGUUUGUUUGAUUCAAACAAGAAUUUGGUGAUGACCACUCUAACUACCAUAGGGAAUGUUGCAUCAGCAAUGGGUCCUGCAGUUGAGAAGAGCAGCAAGGGUAUCCUUUCAGAUGUUCUUAAAUGCCUUGGUGAUAACAAGAAACUAAUGCGAGAAAGUACUAUCAAGGCAUUGGACAUGUGGGUUUCUGUUGUUCAAGUGGAUAAAAUGGUUCCGUACAUAGCUUCAGCAUUGUCAGAUGUCAAACUUGGUGCUGAUGGCCGUAAAGAUCUUUUGGACUGGUUAACAAGGCAACUUACAAAACUUAGUGACCAACCUGACCUUAUUCAACUUCUGAAGCCUACAGCAUCUGCACUUCUGGAUAAAUCUGCAGAUGUCCGGAAGGCUGCAGAGGCUUGUAUUUCUGAAUUAAUUCGAGCUUGUGGACAAGAAAUGAUAACCAAAAGCUUGAAGGAUUUACAAGGCCCUGUACUGAGUGCUGUGCUUGAACGCCAGAGAUCUGCAGGUGCACUACAAGAGGUUCCCGAAUCAUCACGGGUAACUACAUCAAAUGUAGGGUCAAGGACGGGGAGUAAAAUUGGGAAGCCAAGUGUGAAUGUCAGUGGUGAUCGCCCAUCUUCACGACAUGGGCAAAGAACUACAGGAUCCAAACCUGCUCAAGUAAAGGUUUCCAAACAGGCAGCUGCUGUAGCUGCUCAGGACCUUGCAGUACAGGGACAAGCUUUAUUUAAUCUGAAGGAUUCAAACAAGGAAGAUCGGGUGAGAUUAAUUCCCCGUAAGCACAAAUUUGAAGAGCCACGCCCUGAGCAAAUUCAAGAAAUUGAGAAUGAUGUUAUGAGGUAUUUCAGAGAAGAUUUACAUCGAAGACUGUUGAGUCCUGACUUCAAGAAACAAAUUGAUGGCCUAGAAUUACUGCAGAAGGUUAUUCCUUCUCAUGGAAGGGAUAUCAUUGAGAUAGUUGAUAUCCUUUUACGAUGGACAGUUUUACGCUUCUGUGAGUCAAACACAACAUGCUUGCUGAAGGUUCUUGAGUUUCUUCCUGAAUUAUUUGAGGCAUUGAAAAAUGAAGGGUAUACACUAUCUGAGUCUGAAGCUAGCAUUUUCCUUCCUUGCUUAAUUGAGAAGUUAGGACAUAACAUUGAGAAAGUAAGGGAAAAGAUGCGUGAUUUAACAAAGCUUAUGACAUGUAUAUAUCCCGCAUCAAAACUUUUUACAUUUAUCUUGGAGGGUCUGCGAUCAAAGAACAACAGAACUAGAAUUGAAUCUGUAGAUCUCAUUGGAUUUAUGUUAGAUCGCUAUGGAAUUGAGUUAGCUGGACCUUCAAAAGCUUUACAGGCUGUUGCUGCAUUGACAUCAGAACGUGAUGGUGAAAUCAGAAAGGCUGCACUAAAUACAUCAGCGACUGCAUAUAAGAUUCUUGGCGAGGAUAUUUGGAGAUUUGUUGGUAAACUCUCAGAUGCUCAGAAAAGCAUGCUGGAUGACAAAUUUAAAUGGAAAGCUCGUGAAAUGGAGAAGAGAAAGGAAGGAAAGCCUGGUGAGGCUAGAGCAGCUAUGAGACGUUCUGUUAGAGACAAUGGAAUUGAGGCUGCAGAACAAAGUGGAGAGGUCCUACUGAAGCCUUCAAAUGCACAUAUGCCAAGUGUAAGGGUUGAUAGUAUCCAUUUUGAGUCUUCUAGGGAGUCUCACAUGCUGACAGGCUCUCAAGCAUUGCCAUUGGCAGUGGGGCCAGCUGAUUGGAAUGAAGCACUCGAUACAAUUGCCUCUGGUUCACCAGAGCAGGCAGUUGAAGGCAUGAAGCUUGUCUGUCAUGAGUUGAGUCAAGCUGCCAAUGAUGAAGAGGGCACUGCAAUGGAUGAUCUUGUAAGAGAUUCAGACCGACUUGUAUCGUGUCUGACAACAAAGGUAGCUAAGACAUUCAAUUUAAGUCUCUCUGGCGCAUCUUCAAGAUCAUGUAAAUAUGUCUUGAAUACUCUCAUGCAGACUUUCCAAAUAAAGAAGCUUGCACAUGCAGUAAAGGAAGGAACUCUUAAUAGUCUCAUUACUGAGCUUCUCCUGUGGCUUUUGGAUGAAAGAGUUCCGUUAAUGGAUGAUGGAAGUCAGCUGCUGAAAGCACUUAAUGUUUUAAUGCUGAAAAUUUUGGAAAAUGCUGACCGAACUUCAGCUUUUGUAGUUUUAAUUUAUCUGUUGAAGCCUUUAGAACCUUCAAGGUGGCCUUCUCCAGCAUCUGAAGAAGUGUCAAUUCUCAGACAUCAGAAAUUCUCUGACCUAGUUGUAAAAUGUCUCAUCAAACUCACAAAAGUUCUCCAAAACACCAUCUAUGAGGUUGAUCUUGACCGCCUUCUCCAGAGCAUACACAAUUAUCUACAGGAACUUGGGAUGGAAGAAAUUCGGCGGAGAGCUGGAGCAGAUGAUAAACCAUUGCGGAUGGUUAAAACUGUAUUGCAUGAGUUAGUUAAGGUCCGUGGAACUGCAAUCAAGGGCCAUCUUUCUAUGGUUCCAAUUGACUUGGAACCCCAGCCUAUUAUUCUAGCCUACAUUGAUCUUAAUCUUCAGACUAUGGCAGCAGCUAGGAUGCUGACUCCUUCUGGACCAGUUGGUCAAAGUCACUGGGGAGACUCUGGUGCAAAUAGCAUGACUCCUGCAGCACAUUCUGCAGAUGCACAGUUGAAGCAAGAGCUAGCUGCAGUUUUCAAAAAAAUUGGAGACAAGCAGACUUGUACAAUUGGCUUAUAUGAGCUCUACCGCAUUACCCAGCUUUAUCCACAGGUAGACAUCUUCUCACAGCUUCAGAAUGCAAGUGAAGCAUUUCGAACAUACAUCAGAGAUGGACUAUCACAAGUAGAAAGAAAUGCAGCAGCUGGGAGGACACACUCAAGUAUGCCUAUAUCAACACCACCGCCAGUAUCUUCUAAUCUGUCUUCUCCAAAGCUUCCCCCUCCCUCUCCUCUUAAUCCAAAAUUCCAGCUAGCCAGGUUAGAGAAUACACAUUCCAACUUGCGUCCUUUUCCAGAUAAUGUUGACAGCAAUGGUGGACCCCCAUCAGGAACUCCAGAUCAGUCAGAUAUAAAAAAGCUUCCCCAUUUACGGUCCCGGGAAGAAAGAAAUGAAAAUAAUGCCAUGUCAGGAGGAGGUAAUAUGGCACCUCUUGGAACUUUGGAUGCUAUUAGAGAGAGAAUGAAAAGUAUACAGGCAGCAGCUGCUGCUGGUGUAAAUGUUGAAAAUGUACCACUGACGUCUUACUCAAAUGGAUCCCUGCCACCUUACUCUCGAGCUAUUGUAUCUCAACAAACAGAAUCUCAUUAUCAAGAAAUGCUCCCUCAGUCCGGGAGUGUUCCUCUGAUGGACGAAAAAGCUUUGUCUGGUUUACAAGCUCGAAUGGAAAGGCUUAAGAGUGGGGCAAUUGAACAUUGAAAAAUCCAAUGCAGGUUUUCUACUACAAUCAAAAUACACCAAGCACAAAUAUGUUAUGAAUGUUUCUUGUAAGAAGCCUUCAAAACCUUUUAAUUGCUACUGUGGUCCUGGAAACGAGUUCUUUGCGGUGUGUAUAUGAAGCCAUGGCACUUGAAAAAUGUAAAUACUAAUUAAUCAGAUUUAAAUGUCACUCUGUAUUGGAGGGCAUCUAGUACCGGCUCAAUUUUUGAAGAGAGGGAGCACUAGGAUUGGUGCUUGUUUGUAAGCUGAGUAAUUUGAUAGUCCCGUGUGUAUACAAUGCAAUCUUUAGGUCAGCAUUUUUUUAUUACAA